UGCUAACUUCACAUCAUCAUUCAACAAACCCUAACCAUACGAACUCAUGGCUAAGCUAACUGAAAUCUCUAAACCUAAGGCUAACACCUCAUGGGGAUCUGGUCUCCUGUUUUUCACAGUGGCCAUCGUUGCAGUUGCACUAAUUGUCGUCCAACUCGAUACUUACGAGACUGUGGCGUAUCCGCUUACCGAGCUUGGUGAAACCAUGUACGUACCAGCCAGAAAGAACUCUGCCAGUCUUUCUGGCGUGGAAAAGAUCGGGUCCGGUCAACUGAUCGGACCUGAGGACAUCAUCUAUGACCCAAAGUCCGGGGUCGCAUACACCGGUUGUCACGACGGGUGGAUCAAGCGAGUCACGUUAAGUGACUCGCUAACCGAGUCCGUUGUGGAGAAUUGGGUUAACACUGGCGGCCGACCGCUAGGACUGGCGGUUGAUGAAUCCGGAGAUGUUUUUGUGGCGGAUGCUUAUAAGGGUUUAAUUAAGGUAAGUGUAGAUGGUAAAGUAGAGUUAUUAACAGACGAGGCCGAAGGCGUAAAGGUUGGGUUAGCAGAUGGUGUAGUGGUCUCAAAAAGUGGUAUGGUUUACUUCACGGAUGCGACUUAUAAAUAUAACUAUCGGUCCGCAUUGAACGACCUUUUGGAAGGUCGACCUCAUGGUAGAUUAUUGAGCUAUGACCCAUCAACAAAACAAACAAAAGUUAUCGCACGGGACCUCUAUUUUGCUAAUGGUGUUGAACUUUCACCCGAUCAAGACUUUGUGAUCUUCUGUGAGACAUUCAUGAGGAGGUGCUCUAGAUACUACAUAGAAGGGGAAAAGAAGGGAACCAUCGAUAUUUUUGCAAAGAACUUACCUGGUUUACCCGACAAUGUACGAUAUGAUGGCAAUGGGCACUAUUGGAUGGCACUACCAUGGGACAAUUCACUUAUGUUUACAUACACACAGAAAUACCCGUUUGUGCGCAAGAUUUUUGCAUUUACACUAAAGCACCUACGUAAAAUGCCCGAUCUCAUGAAAUUUGGUGGAGUUAUUGUGUUAGAUUUGGAAGGAAAGGUGGUUGGAGGGUAUUAUGAUGAGACAUGGGGAAUGACAUCAUCCGGAGUGAAGAUCGGGGAAAGUUUGUACUUGGGUUCAGUCACAAAACCAUACAUAACACGUUUAAAUCUUACUCAACAUCCUCUUAAUUUGAUUUCUUGAUGUAAAUUGUUUUUGUUAUUCAAUCAUAUAGUGAAGCUAUGAAUACCUUACUUUUUCUUGCUUUUUCUAGAUAACUAGCUGGUUUUUGCCUUGUGUAAUCAUCAACAAAUAUUAGUGUAAUUACAAGACCUUUUUAAAUA